GACCUGCAUCCCCGAGCAGAAGGUAUCAAGAACCGAUGGGGUGAUACAUGCAUGGACAUCACACCAUGUACUCGUGCGAUAGAAGAUAUACUGAAGUUAGACUCUGAUUGCCCUCCGUCGGUUUGGGGGAACCUUGUCCGUGCUGGGUACAUCGAUAGAUUAUGCGAGUGUGUUGCUGGACUCCGCGAUGCACUCAACUACACUUCUCCUGCUGAAGAGCGAAUCGCUGGUACGGAGCCCGCACGCCAUACUUUCUACCAUUGGUCGCUCACAUUAUUAUUUGAUGCGACAAAUCGGAUUCGAAAGCCGUUGACCCCGACUGACCUGGUUGUCAUCGCUACUCUUCGCAAACACUGGCCCAGUAUUACACGACGCCUAUGGAAUGAUCCCCAAGGCACCAUUGAUCCACGAAAGUGUCUGGACCCCAAUCGCGUAGUCGUUCAGGGUAUAGCGAUCCAAGCGGGAACCAUGGAUGCGUCGUUUUUCGAGACGAUGCGUUCCGACGGGGAUCUUACUCUUUGCCUGUCUGUGCGGUACUGGAUGUAUUCGACAUCGGGCAAUGCCGUCCAGUUAUUGAGACUCCUCACAGACUUGAUUUAUCCCGAGCACGUCCGCAAUGCUGAAGAAGCCAACGCUGAGGGGGUUCGUAUACUCUUUCGUGCCGUCAAAAAGGGGGCAGGGUCGUUUCGCAAUUUCAUUGCCAAAUUGGAAUCCGCGUUCGCACAAUUUCAAGGAAGGGAUGCUCAGGAACCCAUUCUCCUUUUACAUAACUAUCUCGACUACGCCAUGUACUACACCCCACGUCCGGAUGGCAACGAUGCAGCAGAACCAAGCUUUCUACGUACAGUGACUAAAUCAGUCACCCUAUGGAGAAGUUUGUUCCUCCUUCUGAAUAGAGCGACACCCGACCGUGCAGUUUGGGACACAGGCGAAGCCGGGACAGUCUAUGAACGAGUUUUAGAUCUUCUCGGGGCUUCUGUGAGCAAUGUGGGGAACCACCAUCCUGCUGAGGCACGGGGUUUUAUCAGUGUUCUCGGCCGAGCAGGCAUGUUUGACGCCUUAGAUGUGGCUCUGCCUGUAUUCGCAAGCACUCACAAGGAGACUACUAUCC